UCUCAGCUUUUUUGGCUUCGCUAUGGCACCUUCAGGUCGCGUUGUUGCUGCUGGUGGUUCUUUACUUCGAAGAAAUAAAAAGGCUGCACUGGAAUUGACAGAAGAGGCUGCAAGAAGAGUGCGCGAACUCUUACAAGCCAAGGGUGAAACAAUCGAAGGAGUAAGAAUUAGUCUCAGAAAUAGGGGUUGUAAUGGCAAGUCCUUUGUAAUGAACUAUGUAGAAAAGGGAAAGGAGAACAAACACGACGAAAUUGUACUAGAUAAAGGAGUUAAGUUGUUUGUGGACCCAAGAGCUUUGAUGCAGGUAGUAGGUACAACUAUGGACUUUGUGGACUCCGAACUUGCAUCUGAGUUUGUAUUUUACAACCCAAACGCAAAGAAUACUUGUGGUUGCGGAGAAAGUUUCAAUGUAUGAUCAAUGAAGUAGUCGUCACGCAG